GCCUCAAAGUCUUGGUUAUACGUCAAUGGUAGACCCAUCAUCUGCUCGCCCCCAAUUAUUGCCUGCGCAGCGGCAGUGGCUGCACUUCAGCCUGGUUCUAGCUGCCCCACAGCCUUAUCACUAGCCCAGGCACAUGCCAUACAUCGCCAACAGCAGCAAAAACUGGCUUUAAUUGGCAGCUCAGGAAGCACCUCGUCUUCAUCCGGAUACUCCUCUCUGACCUCAGAUGCCACAUUAUCCAUCCACACCUCACCUGUGCGGAAUCUAACUGGAUCCUCUGGAAUCUCUCUACAGCUUUUCAUGCCAGUACAGGAAUUUUGUCCAUUUUUCUUGUUGCUGGCAUGCGAUGAUGCCCUUCAUUGCCAAACCACAUUUUUGUUGGCCUAA